AUGUGCCCCCUGUGGCUCUGCUGGGCACUCUGGAUGCUAUCCCUGGCUGGCCCCGGGGCGGCCCUGACUGAGGAGCAGCUCCUGGGCAGCCUGUUGCAGCAGCUGCACCUCAGCGAGGUGCCCGUGCUGGAGAAGGUGGACGUGGGGGAACUGGCCAUCCCUGCCCACGUGAGGGCCCAGUAUGUGGCCCUGCUACAGCGCAGCCAUGGGGACCGCUCCCGCGGGAAGAGGUUCAGCCAGAACUUCCGAGGACAGCCGGUCCCAGUCCCCGCCCCUCACAGAGCUGUCUCUGCCACGGUAUCCUGUCUCAGGCUGGUGUGGGUCCACGAGAGCGGCUGGAAGACCUUCGAUGUGAUCGAGGCCGUGAACUUCUGGCAGCAGUUAAGCCGGCCCCUGCAGCCGCUGCUGCUGCAGGUGUCGGUGCAGAGGGAGCAUCUGGGCCCGCAGGCCUCCAGUGCCCACAAGCUGGUGCGCUUCUCCUGGCAGGGUGCGCUGGGCGCCAGGCACGCUGAGCCCCAGCUGGAGCUGCACACCCUGGACCUCAAGGACUAUGGAGCUCAGGGGGACUGUGACCCUGACGUGCCAGUGACUGAGAGCACACGCUGCUGCCGCCAGAUGUACAUUGACCUGCAGGGGAUGAAGUGGGCAGAGAACUGGGUCCUGGAGCCCCUAGGCUUCCUGGCCUUCGAGUGUGUGGGCACCUGCCAGCAGCUCCCAGAGCCCCUGACAUCCAAGUGGCCGUUUCUGGGGCUGCGACAGUGCAUCCCCUCGGAGGUGGCCUCACUGCCCGUGAUCAUCAGCAUCAGAGAGGGAGACAGGACCAGGCCCCAGGUGGUCAGCCUGCCAAACAUGAGGGUGCAGAAGUACGAUUGUGCCUCUGAUGGGACACUGGUGCCAAGGAGGCUGGAGCCAUAUGUGCCAGUGCAGCCACCAAGGCAUUUGACUUCUGUGUCUUAA